AUGGAUUUAGAUAGAUCCUCUGUCUGGGGAUCCCUGAAACAGAAGACCAGGCCUUUGUUACAAAACUUCAACAUAAAGAGGACAAAGAAAAGCUCUAGAAAAAUGGUGGAUAGAAGGCAAAGGCAUUCCUUGGACCGACGCCUCAGCGUAUCUGUGCCUGACAUACUGGAGAGUGAGUCUUUCACAGAUGAAGAAACUACUUAUUCAGGUUUGCAGGCCUUGUCCACCUAUAUCCCCAGCACUCUUUCCAGCUCGGUCAUGUCUCUCAAGAGCAGCAGCACUUCUUUGAAAAGGGCAGGAGAGGACCUGCAAUGGAGACAGCAGGAGGCUGUGCACACGGAAAUCAACAUUAUUGAAACAGAAACGGAAGUCAUGUGUGGAUCAGAACCCAGACGGAAAUCCAACAUUGACCUCUUUGCAUUGCUGCAGAGAGCACGCCUGAGUGGUGAUCUGACAGAAGAAAUGACUGAGCAUCCAUGUGAAGGGAUAGAUCUGGAAUCUUCAAUGUCCUCUCAACUUUUUGAUGAACAAAUUGCUCUUGAGGAAGGAAAUGACUGUUUGAGCAGCUUGCCCAGCUCCUUUGCUUACCUACUGACAAUACACCUGAAAGAAGGCCGGAACCUGGUCAUUAGGGAUCGCUGCGGUACAAGUGAUCCAUAUGUGAAAUUUAAAUUGAAUGGAAAAACUCUAUACAAAAGUAAGGUCAUCUACAAAAACCUAAAUCCAGUUUGGGAUGAAACUGUUGUGUUGCCAAUACAGACUCUUGAUCAGAAGCUCCGGGUCAAGGUAUAUGAUCGAGACUUAGCCUCCUCUGACUUCAUGGGAUCUGCAUUUGUGGUGCUGAGCAACCUUGAGCUCAACAGAACUACUGAACAGAUUUUAAAAUUGGAAGAUCCAAACAGUUUAGAAGAUGACAUGGGAGAGAUUGUGUUAAACUUGAGUCUAACAGUCAAGCAAGGAGACUUCAAGAGAACUAGAUGGUCAAAUCAGAAGAAACAAACUUCAUCCAAGUCAAGUUUCCUACGAAAUGUGCGACUGUCUGAAUCCAUGCGAAAGAACGAAAUAUGGAAUGGAAUUGUGACAAUCACUUUAUUGGAAGGGAAGAAUAUCCCAGGAGGGGGCAUGACACAGAUUUUUGUCCUGUUAAAACUGGGAGAUCAAAAAUAUAAGAGUAAGACACUGUGUAAGAGUGCAAAUCCUCAGUGGAGGGAACAGUUUGAUUUUCACUACUUCUCUGACAGGAAGGAUAUGUUGGACAUUGAGGUCUGGGGAGAGGAUAACAAAAAGCAUGAGGAGCUUUUGGGAAUGUGUAAAGUGGAUAUUACUGCGCUACCUAGCAAGCAGACCAAUGUUUUAGAACUGCCAGUGGAGAAGCAUCUGGGGUCUCUGCUAAUGCUAAUUGCUGUUACCCCCUGUUCAGGAGUUUCUAUCUCUGAUCUGUGUGUCUGCCCCUUGGGAGACCCCAGUGAAAGGAAACAGAUUUCCCAGCGCUAUUGUAUAAAGAACUCCCUUCAGGACAUGAAGGACAUAGGCUUCUUACAGGUCAAAGUUUUAAAGGCAGUCGACCUGUUGGCAGCAGAUUUUUCAGGUAAAAGCGACCCUUUCUGUGUGUUAGAGUUGGGCAACGACAGACUUCAGACCCACACAAUUUACAAAAACCUCAACCCAGAGUGGAACAAAGUUUUCACCUUCCCUAUUAAAGAUAUCCAUGAUGUUCUUGAAGUGACAGUGUUUGAUGAAGAUGGAGAUAAACCCCCUGAUUUUCUUGGAAAAGUUGCUAUCCCUUUGCUGUCUAUUAGAAAUGGACAGCAGUGUUGUUAUACGUUGAAGAAUAAAGACCUGGAACUUGCUUCAAAAGGAGUAGUUUGCUUGGAGUUGGAUGUCCUAUUUAAUCCAGUAAAAGCAAGUAUCAGAACCUUCAAGCCACGAGAAAAGCGCUUCAUUGGAGACAACCGCAAGUUUUCAAAGAAGAUCUUAUCGAGAAAUGUUGAUCGUGUGAAAAAAAUCACCAUGGCGAUAUGGAAUACAAUACAAUUCCUAAGGAGCUGCUUUCUCUGGGAAUCUACACUAAGGAGUGUGGUAGCAUUUGUGGUAUUUGUGGUCACUGUUUGGCACAUAGAGCUUUACAUGGUGCCUCUGGCUUUGUUGCUGCUCUUUGUUUACAACUUCUCUCUGAUCACAACAGGGAAGGUCAGCAGUGCCCAGGACACCCAGGAGACCACAUACCUAGAUGAGGAUGAAGAUGAGGAUGACAAGGAAUCUGAGAAAAAGGGAUUAAUUGAAAGAAUCCACAUGGUCCAGGAUAUUGUUAUAACGGUUCAAAACAUCUUAGAAGAAAUAGCAUCGUUUGGAGAGAGAAUUAAAAACACAUUCAACUGGACAGUGCCUUUCCUGUCGGUCCUGGCCUGCUUGGUACUGACAGCAGCGACAGUCAUUUUGUAUUUCAUACCAUUGAGGUACAUUGUUUUAAUCUGGGGCAUAAAUAAAUUUACUAAGAAGCUUAGAAAUCCCUAUGCCAUCGACAGUAAUGAGUUACUAGAUUUCCUCUCCAGGGUACCAUCUGAUGUUCAAAAGGUGCAGCGUGCUGAAUUGAAACCAUACAGCAGCUCCAGUCCCCUCAGGAAGAAAUGGAGUACUCUGUAG